AUGUCACAGCUCCAGGCCCAAGUGGAAUUUAACCUUAGACACAAUUUCAUCUACAAGGCUGCCAUUGAGAACGAAAUAUGCGAUCGACGAAGUCUUAAGAUAUGCUAUAAAAUUGGGACCUGGUUUGACUUCAAUCUCAAGGUAUUAGGACCUGGUUUGGCUGGAGUAGACAAUAACCAUGCGCCGCAAAAUUGGGAUCUGGUUUGGUUAACUUGGUUUGGCUGUACGUCAAGAUACUCGAUUAUCUUACGAAGACCGUUGCGAUAUGCGACUGCGGGGAAAUCUUUUCUCAUUGGCCCGGUAUUUCAUGAUCUUUUCUUCUUUUUUAUACAUUGCCCCAUAGAAAAUAGGUAUUACUAUAUUGGAAAGAGCUUCAUUCUUUGUCGACCUACAUCAAGACGGCAGUUUUGA